AUGGCGAGUGGCGGCGGCGGGGGAAGCAGCAAAGGGCUGGCCGGGAAGAAAAGGAAGGCGGCCGGCGCCGGCCUAGGGGACGUGCCGUCCAGACGGGAGCCGAGGCGGGGGCUCGGCGUGGCAGCGCUGGAGAGCAUCAGGGCGCAGCUCGAGACGGCGGAGAAUUUCUACAUGUUCCCGUCGCUGCCGUUGACGCCGCCUGCCGCGGCACCGCCUCCAUCUCUGCUCCCCGGCGUGCGAUUCAAUCCAUAUGUCGGAGAUGGAGCCGCGGCAAGAGAUUGUCAUCCUCAGUAUUACAGCGCCCAGCAUUACGCUUUGGCCUGCAGGUACUUGCAGCUGCAGGCAUCGAGCGACCACGUUGCGCCACGUCAGAAUCAUCAGAAUAACGUUGUGGCCGUGGCUGCAGAGCAGGAUCGCCACCGUCUUCGAGUGCAGGCUCAGCAGGGUCAGCAUCGCCAGGCGAGGAAGCCUCAGGUUGCUUUUGUGGACCUCGUCGACUCAGACGACGACGAGGAUCGCCAGGACGCCGGGGAACAGCUGGACCUCGAGCUCAAGCUCUAGGAAAAACGCACCGAUCACUUUCAUUUUGCAGCUUCUCACGGCCCGACUGAAGUACCGAUGGAUGAUGGAUGGAUAUACUACUGUAGUUCUUUUGUUCUUUUUGCAUAGAAGAUGAUGUAGCAGUGUGCAGCUGUGUAUCUGUACCUGUCCAAGUCCUUAUUUUACGUAAUAGACAUCCGACGCCCGUUUUCUUACAAGGAA